CAACAAAGUCAAGAGUCUAGGAAGUGGGGGAAGAAAAAUGAAUUCCAAGGAAAUUUUAUAUAAUCAAACAUAUAUUAAAGAAGACGACAUCAAGAGCAGAGCUGUUAAGGGAUUUUUCAUCUUCAUCAUCAACCACAGAAAAUAUCGUUCCCUUUUCUCUCUUCUUUGCCAAAGGAAACUAGUUAUGCCCAUCUCUGUCUCUGCAUAGCAUCCAAGAAAUAUAUAUAUAUAUAUAGAUUUAGAGUGAGAUUAAUAUGGGGGGUUGCUGGGGUUCUCCUUCUAAAAGCCAAAGCACUCGCACGACUUCCCAUUUAAGUUCAGCUGGGACAUCUCAGACAACCAGUAACACAUUUUCUAGCUACAGCAAUGUCUCUGGAAACAGCCGGUUCACGGCGGGAAGUGGCGGGGAUGAGCCAUAUCCAACAGGGCAGAUCUUGCCCACCCCCAAUUUGAGAAUCUUCACAUUUGCAGAAUUGAAAGCUGCAACUAGAAAUUUCCGAGCUGAUACCGUGUUGGGAGAAGGAGGUUUCGGGAAAGUUUACAAGGGUUGGCUAGAUGAGAAGGCCACAUCUAAGAACGGUGGUAGUGGAACGGUCAUUGCUGUCAAGAAGUUAAAUUCUGAGAGCUUGCAAGGAUUUCAAGAGUGGCAGUCUGAGGUAAAUUUCCUGGGAAGGCUUUCUCAUCCUAACCUAGUUAAGUUAUUGGGAUACUGUUGGGAGGACGAUGAACUAUUGCUCGUCUAUGAAUUUAUGCAAAAGGGAAGCUUGGAGAACCACCUUUUUGGAAGGGGCUCAGCUGUUCAGUCACUUCCAUGGGGCACACGGCUUAAGAUUUUAAUGGGAGCAGCUCGGGGCCUGGAAUUCUUACACGCAGCAGAAAAACAAAUAAUUUAUAGAGACUUCAAGACUUCAAACAUAUUGCUUGAUGGGUCCUAUAAUGCCAAGAUAUCAGACUUUGGCUUGGCAAAAUUAGGCCCCACAGCUAGUCGGUCCCAUGUGACAACACGGAUUAUCGGCACAUAUGGCUAUGCUGCUCCUGAGUAUGUUGCCACAGGACAUCUGUAUGUAAAGAGCGACGUGUAUGGUUUUGGUGUUGUAUUGGUUGAAAUGCUAACAGGCUUGCGAGCACUUGAUACAAACCGUCCAAAUGGGCAACAUAAUCUGGUUGACUGGAUCAAACCAGAAUUAUACAACAGAAGGAAGUUGAAGGACAUAAUAGACUCCCGGUUCGAAGGGAAAUAUCCUUCCAGAGCUGCUACACAAAUGGCUCAACUUGCUCUAAGAUGUCUUGAACCUGAACCGAAAGACAGGCCACCAAUGAAAGAAGUUGUGGAGACACUGGAACAGAUUGAAGCCAUCAAUGAAAAACCAAAGAGGCCGAGAAUCAAUUCUAGAAGUCAUACAGCUUAUCGACCUGCCCAGCAGCCUGUGCACCAUCAUCGUUCGCCACUUCACCCGAGGGUAAGAUAAAAAUCAAGCCUAGCAAGUAGCAACACUGGUCACCACUUGCUUGAGUGAUGACUUUGAUACUACAAUUCCUAUGAAGAGCUCUUUGCAUAGAAUAUUUUUUUGUUGCCUGUUUCUUACAUUCAUCAAGUCCCUAGCUAUUUCCCCUAAUAUCAUUCAAUGUCUUGAUAUAUGAAAUGAGUUUUGUUGUUGUAGUUGUGUUUUAUGUUUAACAUUUGAGAAUAUUAGAGUUAUUUCUGUUGUUUGUUGAGA